AUGGAAACAUCGAAACGUACCGUCCUUAUCACAGGUUGUUCGGCCGGCGGCAUGGGGGCUGCGCUGGCUAAAGAGUUCCACGCAGCUGGACUUUCCGUGAUUGCGACUGCAAGGGACACGACGAAAAUGGCAGAACUCAAAGCUCUGGGCAUCGCUACCUUACAACUGGAUGUUCAGUCUGCGACUUCUAUCGCAGCCUGUGUCGAGAAAGUGCCUCGACUGGAUAUCCUCAUCAACAAUGCUGGAGCCUCGUACACCAUGCCAGUCUCCGACAUUGACAUUGCAGAAGCAAGAAGGCUAUUCGACACAAAUGUUUGGGGAUGCAUCGCAGUCACCCAAGCGUUUCUGCCGCUGCUCAUGAAAUCAUCACAAGCUGUGAUCGUUAAUCAUACGUCUGUCGGAGUGGGAAUGAGCAUUCCAUUCCAAGGCGUGUACAACGCUUCGAAGGCGGCCAUGUCCAUGUUUUCAAAAACUAUGCGCCUAGAGCUGGAAGGAUUCGGAAUAGCAGCCGUCAAUCUGAAGACCGGCGGGGUGCAGACCAACAUCGUGAAGAACAUACAAGCACGAAGCCCACAAUUGCCCAAAGACUCGAUAUACUCGCCGGCUCGAGAAGCUGUGGAGGCAGCCUUGCGAAGUGAGUGGGUGGAGAAGCGUGGAAUGGGGAUCACGGCCGAGCAAUGGGCCAAGCAAGUCGUAGCGGAGCUCUUGAAGGAGUCGCCGCCGGCGGUUGUAUGGAAGGGCGAGUCAGCUUGGAUGGCUAGCCUUUUGAGUUGGUUGCCAGCACGAUGGUUUGAUGGUAUGGUGAAGAAGAUGACAGGUCUUGUGGAGAUUGAGAAGAUAUUGAAACGAUAA